UUGAUCUACAUGGCGUUUGUCUUGUAUGCUCCAUCUCUAGCGUUGAGUGCAGUGACUGGAAUUAACUUAUGGGGGUGUCUGGUUGGAGUCGGGGUUGUCGUUACUUUCUACACGACACUGGGCGGGAUGAAAGCAGUGCUAUGGACCGACACUUUCCAGUUUGUGAUGAUGGUUGCUGGUCUUCUGGCCGUGUUUAUCAAAGGUUGCAACGAGGUCGGUGGUUUCAUGGCGGCUUGGAAGAAAGCGGAUGAAAGAGGCAGGAUAGUGUUCGAUGAAUUUAGCUUUGAUCCAGCAACCAGACAUUCUGUCUGGUCAGUGGUUGUAGGCGGAGCAAUGAUGUGGACUUCUCUAUAUGGCGUCAACCAGGCUCAGGUGCAGAGAUGCCUCUCAACCUCCAGUGUCCGGAGAGCUCAAAUCGCCAUUCUGUUAAACACACCUGGGCUCAUCGGAAUUAUUAUCAUUGCAAUCCUCAUUGGAGUUGUCCUUUUCGCCUUUUAUGCCGACUGUCACCCUUUGACCCUGGGAAUCAUCGAUAGUCCUGAUCAGUUGUUACCGCUGUUUGUGAUGGACAUUCUUGGAGACAUGCAUGGAUUACCUGGCCUGUUCGUUUCCUGCGUGUUCAGUGGCAGCUUGAGCUCCUUGUCUUCAGCGCUAAAUGCUGUCUCCGCGGUUGUCUACAAAGAUUUCUGUGAACCCUUCUGCUGCAAAAGACUUUCCGAAUUUGCAGCUACGGUUCUGAAUAAAAUCUUAGUGGCGGUGUUUGGCCUCUUGUCGAUAGCUUUGGCUUUGAUUGUGUCACAGAUGGGUGGAAUGAUGCAGGCUACCUAUGCUGUGUAUGGCCUCCUGAAUGGUCCCUAUUUUGGUCUGUUUGUCUUGGGCAUGUUCUUCCCUUGGGCAAACAAAUGGGGUGCAUUAGCUGGUCUGUUUACGUCUCUUGUCAUUAUGUCAUGGAUUGGAAUUGGAACGUUUGUUCGGAAGGUUUCCACUGCUGUGAAAUCCCCCAUUUCCGUUGUUGAUUGUUUCUGGAAUUUAAACGGAACAACUCCAGCAACAUCCAACUUCAGUACAACAACAAGCAACUACAGUGCACUAACGACCAACUUCAGCGUUGAUUACAUCUACACGCUGUCCUAUUUAUACUACACAGCUGUUGGUGUGACCAUCUUAGUGGGCACUGCUCUAAUUGUCAGCUGUUUUACAGGGCUAACUCGUCCAUCUAGCCUUGACCCUCGCCUAAUAUGUCCACUGUUUGACACAAUCUUUCCUUUCCUACCCGAAUGUGUGCUUCGGCCAUUAAGAUUUGGAAUUGAUCAUACAGGGGUAAGAAAUGGAUUUUAUUUAUAUUUAUUGUUAUGGUCUCUUU